CGACAAGAGAGCAUGGAAAUCCUAAGACAUAGGAGCAACUCGCUGUGAUGAAAUUUCUGGUAGACAGAAGGCUUCUAGCCCAAGCUGUGAAUCCUUUUCCUGCCUGUCGAUCGAGAAAGAGAUUCCACUUUCGUCCACGAGCUGCACCACUAGAUGUAGCAACUUCACAGGAGAGGCAACAGUGCAGCAUCGUAGCUGAGGCCCAUAAGAGGGGAACACUAGGCUUUGGCUUCUCAGCUGGCGGGCUUCUUUUCCCGUACUACUUGGGCAUUGUGCAGACCCUUCGUGAGCUGAAUAUCAUCACAGAUACGACACCUUUGGCAGGGGCAAGCGCCGGUUCUCUGAUAGCAGCUUGCCAUCACAGCGGGCUUCCCCCAGAGCAGGUCAAGGAGGCCUGCUUUGUGCUGGCUGACAACUGCCGCAGGAAGGGGACACGAGGCCGCCUGGGAUCAGUGCUGAGCCAGUUCCUGCAUGAUCUGCUGCCCCAAGACGUGCACGAGCGCUGCAACAACAAAGCAUUCGUUGCCGUGACAAGAGCAUGGCCGAGACCACAGGGGGAGCUCAUAUCUCAGUUCCACUCGAGGGAGGAUCUCAUAGAAGCUCUACUCACCAGCUGCCACAUUCCUUGGUGGUUUGAAGGGACGCUGGGGCGCAAUUUCAGAGGGGCAUUGCACUUUGACGGAGGCCUGACCAAUUUCUGCCCAGCCGUAACUGCGCCUGGCAUUCUCACUCAGAGAGUGACCUGCUUCCCUGCUGCGCGCCUUCGCAGAGCCAUCAACAUUGCCAUCAGCCCACCAGAGCAGUAUGAUCUGAAUGUGCUGCUGGGGUGGGCUUUCCAGCCUGCAGAGGAGGCUGUGCUGGAAGCCUUUCUGGAGCAGGGCCGCAGAGAUGCUCUGGCCUGGGCUGAGGCCAAUGGGGUGGCUAGCAAAGCUGUAGAGUAA